GCCAAGCAUCUGCAUCCCGGGCAGCCUGGCCCCGAGGCAGCGGCAUGGGGUCCGGUAGCCCCCAGCACCUCCUCCGCACGCUCUGCAUCCUCUCCGUGCUGGCCGGGCACCUGGCCCCUGCCACAGCCCAGUGGUUUUACCCCCUGGGCUCGGAGAACAGCAGCCCGGAUCCGGACACCAGCCCCACGGCCCCCACGGCCCCCACCCUGGGUGGGGAGGAAGAUGGAGAUGCCGGUGGCAUGGAGGCCACGCAGAAGAUGCUGCUGAGCAAACCCCCACUGGCGACGGCCCCCAGACGCCGGGAGCCCCUCACCAAGGGGGUAGCGAAGGGUCCGGGCCAUGCCCCAGCACGCAGGCGAGGCCAGCACCGACCAACAGUCACCCCGGAGAUCUUCGAGGGGAGCGCGGAGGAAGAGGAGUUCCUGCAGAUCAAGACCACAGCAAAGGGGCUGCCCCGGCAGGUGCCCCCAGCCCCAGAGACGGACCUUGCCCUCCAGAUGCACAACGGCUCCGGCUGCGUCUGCCCCGUGUGCCCCGGCCCUCCUGGCCCUCCUGGCCCAAAGGGAGGGAAAGGAGACCGAGGGUCCCCAGGAGAGAGAGGCCAGCCGGGAUUCUCCGGGGAGAGAGGGAAGUCCGGCAGCCCAGGACAGCCAGGUCACCAGGGUCCCCGGGGCCCCCCGGGUCCUCCAGGACCACCGGGGCCCCCAGGACCACCAGGCACCUGGAAAGCCAGGAGCCCACCUGCGCCUGCUGCUCUCCCCGAGGGAUCGGAGAAUAAUGAGCUGGGAGCAUCCAGCCCUGCGGGAAACCCAGGACCCCCAGGACCCCCUGGGCUGCCUGGGCUGCCCGGACCCCCAGGCUACCCGGGCCAUGAAGGCCCCCCAGGGGCCCCUGGGCGGGAAGGGCAGCCGGGACCCCCCGGCCCACCGGGGGCUGUGGGACCACCCGGUUUCCCUGGGGCUGAAGGACCUCCAGGGUCUCCAGGCUUGGCUGGGCCAGAUGGACCCCCAGGGGCACCAGGGCUCCCAGGCCCUCAAGGUGCCCCCGGGGUGCCUGGGCACGAAGGACCCCCCGGUCCCACAGGACCUGCAUCGCUCCCUGGCAAACCAGGGCUCCGAGGGGAGCCAGGAUUCCCCGGACUAAAGGGUGAGAAGGGUGAGCGUGGGCUGCCGGGCAUGCCGGGGAGCCCUGGCCGGACUGGAGAGACGGGCUCCCCUGGCAUGCCUGGUCCCAUGGGGCCGCCAGGGCCACCAGGGGACUACAGGUGCGACUCACGCCACACUGGGCACCGCGGACCGACCGGGCUGCCGGGCCCCAAGGGAGAAAAGGGGGACCCUGGAGAGCGGGGGUGCUGCUACGGGGAACAUGGGUGCAAACCAGGCCACCCCCACUUCCCCAGCACCGACAGCCGGUCCGGCUCCUGGGUGCCCAUCAGCGGGUACCAAACGGGCAGCAAAGAGGAGCCAGAGAUUUACGGAGCGAUCAUCCCCCAUGGUCUUCGAGGGCCACCUGGGCCACCCGGCCCCCCCGGGCCCCCUGGCCCCCCCGGAGCACCAGGUCUCCUCUACCUCAACAGGGUUUACCCGGUCCGUGCCCAGCCACCCUGCAAGCAGCCGGCAGCCACCGACGCAGACUGGGCAGCAGAUGCUGACAUCCCCCAGACGGAGCGACUGGACUCCCGUGCUGAUCUCCGGCGCCAGACGUGGGUCUUCAAGUCCAAGGAGCUGAUGCUGAAGUCGGGCAGCAGCGUGCCCGAGGGGAGCCUGGUCUACGUGCGGGAAGGGAGCAGUGCCUUCCUCCGGACCCCCACUGGCUGGAGCCGCCUCCUGCUGGAAGAUUCGCAGUCGCUCUUUGCCAGUGACGACCCCUCCGCAUCCACCCCACAGUACCAGGAGGUGAAGCAGGUACAGACAAGAGGUCCUGACACAGGGCCACCCGCGCUGGCCCCAACCGACUCGCUGGUUCAGAAGGAGGAGGCACAAGGGCUGUCCCAGAUCCUGCCAACCACCGUUGCCCCACGGAUUCCAUCACUCCGCCUGGCCGCCCUGAACGUGCCCCUCACUGGUGACAUGAGUGGGAUCCGGGGUGCCGACCUGCAGUGCUACCGGCAGUCCCAGGAGGCUCAGCUUUACGGCACUUUCCGGGCAUUCCUGUCGGCCCCCACCCAGGACCUGAUCUCCAUCGUCAAAAGGACGGACAGGACCCUCCCCAUCGUCAACCUGAAGGGCCAGCUGCUGGCCAAAUCCUGGAGCUCCCUCUUCGAGGGCCAGACUGGUGCCGCCCUGCGGGGCCCCGUCUACUCCUUCAGUGGGCACAAUGUCCUGAUAGAUCCCCUCUGGCCUCAACGGCUGGCCUGGCACGGAUCCACGCCACGUGGUGGCCAAGCCCGCAGGCGGGAUUGCCAGGGCUGGCGCAGCUCUGGCCCUGGGGAGGGCCUGGCCACCCCCUUGGGCGAGGGCAGGCUGCUGGCCGGGCAGCGGCACAACUGUUCUGAGGAGCUGGUGGUGCUCUGCGUGGAAGUGGCCUUUCCCUACCGGCACAUGUGGUGACCCCAGCACUGUGGCACUGGUGACCCACCAGCCACAUGCCCCAUGCAGCCCCCCUGUAUCCUGUGGGGCUGGGGAAACAGCUCUGGGAGCUCUGUGGGCAGCACUGGGGGGUGAACUGCAGCGUCAGGGCUGUGGGAGAGCACCGAGAGGGUGCCAACCCUGCGGCCAGGCUGUGCCAUGCUCGCCCCAGGCUGUGCCAUCCCCACAGAUCCCACCGGGUGAUGCCAGGCCAUGCCCAGCUGCUUCCCUGCACCUCCAGUGAAGCAGAUGCUGUCACAGAAAUAAAG